GAGCGAUAAUCCAAGUUGAUACCUAAGUGAGGCCCAGAACCUCCAAUGUCCAACCAUUCUGCCAGUAGAUUCAAAUGGCCUCGGAGUGACAAAAACAAUCACUGGAAGGUUCCACCGAGAUUUGAACUCGGGUUACUGGAUUCAGAGUCCAAUGUCCUAACCGCUAGACCAUGGAUCCCAUGUUCACGGAACCUAUGUUCAACGAGAUGAACAUCUAUAUUUCCCUAACCUAUGUCCAAGUAAAGUCUAUGGGCGCAAUGUGGUGUCGCAGCAUCUAAACGUGUUUACUUACCAGCGAGCACUUACCACCUUUGAAUUGUCAACAACAAGUACUAUUUAGUGGUGGGACCCCUUACUGUCCUUUGGUCCAAACAUAAAUAAAUUCGCUGCCCUUUUCCUAAUUCCAAUUUAACACAGCACAGCAAAGAACCAUAAACCCUUAUUUUGUUUGACAAGUGAGAUUUAACUGAUGACUCCGGGUCUCUCUUUGUCUCUUCAGAAUUGCAACAUUUACUGACUGCUAGACUCCUACAUCUAUUACUUGUAUAGCAUUUACUACUUCUGUAUGAUGACUCAAGGGAUGUCCUUUCUUAGGUUUUGUUGUUCCUACUGCCUUAAUUUUAGUUAACUUUUAUAGGUUGUGCGGUAGCCAGCUGAUUUCCUUCAAUAUUUUGUGCCGAAAGCGUUAAAUUUCAAUUAAACUAACUGCCCUUUUAAAAGCUCUUCCUUGUAUAAUGAUCAACAUCAAUAUCGAAGCUGCACCCAAACUGGAGGUGUAGGGAGAGAGCUUAGACUGGUAAGUCUUUGUGCCAUAAACGGUCUCUCUCUCUCCAUUCCUUGCAAAGAAGUAGCAAAAAAGGUGGAGUUUGGGAAAGAUGAGUGCAAGUGGCAGUGAGGGUAGACCUCAAGUGAGUACUCAAAGAAAGAAGCGAAAGCGUCAAGAAAUAAGUCAAGGGAGUACAAGUCCAGUGGUGGAAGAAAUUGGGAAGCAUGAUGGGAAUGAACAAGUCAAAGUCAUUGCUGGAAAUGAUGGUGAUCAGGGAAUUAAAAGCUGGUUUGGUGAAGGCAGUGGUGGUGUUGAGAGUGUUUUCGAGUGGUUUGGUGAAGAUGGGGGUGUGAAUGGAGGUGAAACUUUUAAGCUUUGGGGUGUUGAAGCUGGGUUUGGACUUGGGAUUGUUGGGUCUCGUGAAAGUGCUCAUGGGGUUCAAGGAGGGUUUGGUGGAGAAACUGGUGGAAAUAAUGGUGAAGUUGUUGAUUGCAAAGGUUGCAAGCCAUGGUUUGUUGAAGAUGGUGUAUUUAGGAGUCUUGGUGGCGGGGAAAUUCAGAUGGGUGGGUCUGGUGGGGUUGCAUUUGGAAAUAGUGGAAUAGGUCUUGCUGAUGGACUAAUGCAAGGCCUGUUUGGUGGAAGUGGUCGAUCAAAUGAGGCUUUGAAUGUUGGUGCUGAAGGAAUCCAGUGGUUUUCUGGUGAAGCUGAGUGUGGCAAUGUGGAUGGUAAAGGCAUUCAGGGCUUGUUUGACGAAAUUGCAUGUGCAAACGGAUGUGAAACUGAAAGCCUUGCUGCUGGUGAGCGAAACGGAGGUCAAGGUGGUUCCUUUGAAAAUGUAGGCGCGCACCAAGGCAGUAAAGAUGAGGGGGGGCAGGCUAAGGGUAAGCGUGGUAGGCCAAAGGGUUCUAAGAAUAAGAAGAAAAUUCUUGGUGAUGAACAAAAUAUUGAAGGUUUAAGUGAUAAUAAGGUUAAAAAGCAAGAUCCUCUUAAGGGCUCAAAGAAAAUGCGAAGUUUUUCAGGUGAAUGCAUCAAAGGAGGAGAAGAUGAAAUUGAAAUUGUUAGAAGGAAAGUGAAUCUGGGUCAGCAAAAGGGGAAUGGGCAGGAAGAUGUUAAUGUUGAGGCAAAUGACACUGUGCAGUUGAAGCCUAAGCGUGGUCGGCCAAAGGGUUCAAAGAAUAAGAAGAAAAUUCUUGCUGCCGGACAAGGCAUUAAAGGGUUAGGUGGAGUUAGUGAUGAUGGUACGAUUAAAAGUGAGAUUUUUUGCACAGUAGAGAAACAAGCUCCGGUAAAGGGCUCAGAGAUAAGUCUUCCAGGUGAGAAUCGAGACAUGUAUUGUCAUAUAGUGGGGGGCAUUAAUAAUGGCGGAAAUCAAUCUGUGAGGCCUAUGGCUUUGGAAAACGAGGGAACUAACUUUUUAUGGGAAGGAGAUGGGGUAAUACCUUCUGAAGUUGGUGGUGGUAGUCAAGAAGGAAAUGAUCGGGGUAGAAGGAUAGAGAAACAAGGCCAACAAAGGGGGCAUGGUGGACCAAAGGGUUCUAAGAAUCAGAUGAAAAUAAUUGCUGAAGAAAAUCACGAUCUGUCUGGUAAAAUUGUGGGUGAAUGUGCAGAUAGAAUUCAGCAGGAAAGUUAUGCUGUCCAACCAAAGAAAAGAGUUGGCCGGCCAAAGGGUUCAAAGAAUAAGCAGAAAAGGCUUAGUGAUGAAAAACUUGGAAUGUCAAGUGAACAGCAGACAUUGCAAUCAAAAGAUAAGCAAUGCUUGCCCGAAGGUUCAAAGGAUAAGAAGGAAAAUAAAGAAGGUAGUGAGACUCACGGAGUGCCUGUUGAAAUUCUAGAGGGCUAUUAUGUUGAUAAGGGAUCUGUUUUAGUGAGGACUGCCCUUGAAAGGGAGGAAGAUAGGGUAGUGCCUGUUGAAGCUAUUACUUUGGGUGAGAUAAAUACUGUUGUAGACAAAGAAGGUAGGAGAAUUCACUCGGAUGCUAAUGAAGGUAACUCUGAGAACAUGGGUCCUAUGGUUAAACAUUGGUGUAAAGAGGAUUUGAAGAAUAAGGAGCCAACUGUUUCUGCAAAAGAAGAAGCCCAUCAUGGUGGGGAUGUUAUUGGCAAGAAUGAUGGUCGAAAGCAAAAGUGGAAACGAGGCCGACCAAAAGGUGCAAAGAAUAAGAGAAAACUUUUUUUUAGCAAGGAGUCUGUGAGAAAGAAGUAUAGAAUUGACAAGUCUCAGGCACAAGUAGAACAAGGAAAUAACUUGAAAAUGGGCAAGGGUGUUUCAGGUAAGCAUCUUCAAUGCAGUUUAAACAUGAAGAGGAAAGGGUUCACAGCUGGUGUCCGAGGCAGUUUAAACAUGAAAAGAAAUGUAUUAACAGCUGGUUUUGGCAAUGCUCAAAGGAAGAGUAGAGGGAGGAAAAAGAAGUGUAGUAGUCAAUCAGAAAGUUCAGUUUCAUUAGAUGAUACCAGCCAGAAGAAUGCGCACAGGGGUUUGAUGUGCCAUCAGUGCUGGAGGAGUAAGAAGAGUGUUGUCAAUUGCUCCAGUUGCAAAAUGAAACGCUAUUGCUAUGAGUGCCUUGCAAAAUGGUAUCCAGAGAAAACAAGAGAGGAUAUAGAAGUUGCUUGUCCAUUUUGUCAAGGCAAUUGUAAUUGCAGAUUAUGCCUCAGGGAGAAUUUAAUUGUCAUGGAUGAACAUGAUGAAGCAGAUACAAAUAUCACACUGCAAAAGUUGCUUUAUUUGCUACAUAAAAUUCUGCCUCUCCUUCGGCAUAUACAACAGGAGCAACACACUGAAUUAGAGGUGGAAACCAGUAUACGUGGUGAGCAAUUGACAGAACAGGAUAUAAUGGUAUCUGUGUUAGAUGAUGACGAUCGAGUGUAUUGUGACAAUUGCAAUACAUCCAUUGGCAAUUUCCACAGAAGCUGCCCGAAUCCUGAUUGUUCUUAUGAUCUAUGUAUCACAUGUUGUCAUGAAAUUAGAAAAGGAUCUCAGCCUGGAGGUAAUGAAACAAAAUCUUCUCACCAGCUGUCUGUUGAAAGAGUAAAUGGUCAAGCUACAGAUUCAGAUGACCAGAUUCCUGCAGUGACAGUAAGAUGUGGUUGGAAGAGCUUUGUGUCAAACGAGUGCAUCUCGGAUAUGUCAUUUAAUGCUCUUGAUUGGAGAUCUGAGGCAGAUGGUAGGAUUCCUUGUCCUCCAAAAUAUAGGGGUGGUUGUGGUAGUGAGACACUUUCACUGAGACGCUUCUUUGAAGCUAAUACAGUUGACCAACUGAUUCAGAGUGCCGAGGAACUUACCAUUAAUUUUCAGUUACCCGAUAUCGAGUUUUCUGAAGGAUGUUCUUUGUGUCAAACCAACAGAUCUGCAGGAAAUGAAGCAAAAAAUUUUGAAGUUAGACAGGCAGCUCAUAGAGAGAACAGUCAUGAUAAUUUUAUCUACUGCCCAAAUGUUAUGCAGUUUGAAGACAAAAAAGUUCAGCAUUUUCAAAUCCAUUGGAUGCGAGGUGAACCUGUUAUUGUUAGAAAUGUACUUGAAAAAAGUUCUGGUCUUAGUUGGGAACCAAUGGUUAUGUGGAGGGCUUUUAUAGGUGCAAAAAAGAUAUUAAAAGAGGAGGCAAAGAGGGUUAAAGCAAUUGAUUGCUUGGACUGGUGUGAGGUUGAAAUAAAUAUUCUUCGGUUCUUCAAAGGCUACUUGGAGGGUCGUAGGUAUAGGAACGGAUGGCCAGAAAUGUUGAAGUUGAAGGAUUGGCCUGCAUCAAAUUCAUUUGAAGAGUGUUUGCCUAGGCAUGGUGCUGAAUUUAUUGCUAUGCUUCCUUUUAAAGAUUAUACUCAUCCAAGUUCCGGUAUCCUGAAUCUUGCUACCAAACUUCCUGCUGUCUUGAAGCCGGAUUUGGGACCCAAAACGUACAUUGCCUAUGGAUCUUUGAAAGAACUUGGCAGAGGUGAUUCAGUGACAAAACUACAUUGUGACAUUUCUGAUGCGGUUAAUGUGCUGACUCACACGACUGAUGUUAAAAUUCCGCCAUGGCAGAAUAAAAUCAUUGAUAAGUUGCAGAAGAAAUAUGAAGCUGAAAACUUGCAUCCAUAUUGCUGUGGUCAGACACGGAAGGUGCCACGGAUAUUCAGAAGAAAGAGGCAAAAGAGACAUCAUAAAGAUGAAAGCAAGAAUCCUGAAUAUUCUGCAAAACUAGACAAUAGUGUAGGCAAGAUUCAGGAUGUGGCUGAGCAUAUUUUCUCCUUGCCAGGUGUUGAUUCAUGCUCGAACUCCACUGCCACUGGAGAACUUCAAUUUUCACAUCAACUUGAUGCUAAACAUGAGAUGGAGGAAAUGAUGUUUAAUCAAGAACAUAAUCAAAACAAUGUGGGUGAAACACAAAAUAUCAGCAAGGGGGGUUCUCUUAAUGGAAUUGAGGAUUUAGGGUCUGUAAGACCUGAUACAAAUACGACUAGAGAGUCUGUUACAGAAAACCAGUCUUCAGAGAAUGCAUAUGGUGCUGCUGUUUGGGAUAUUUUCCGGAGGGAGGAUGUACCUAAGUUAACUGAGUACUUAUGGAAGCAUCAGAAAGAGUUCUAUCACAUUAGUAAUCUUCCUGUAAAUUCUGUUAUUCAUCCUAUUCAUGAUCAGACCCUUUAUCUCAGUGAGAGACAUAAAAGGCAGCUGAAGGAGGAGUUCAAUGUUGAACCUUGGACAUUUGAGCAACAUGUUGGUGAAGCUGUUUUCAUUCCUGCAGGAUGCCCACAUCAAGUAAGAAAUAGACAGUCAUGCAUUAAAGUAGCCCUUGAUUUUGUGUCCCCUGAAAAUGUGCAAGAGUGCAUAAGGUUGACAGAGGAGUUUCGCUUGCUUCCGAAAAGCCAUAGAGCUAAGGAAGACAAAUUGGAGGUGAAGAAGAUGGCAAUAUAUGCUGCAAAUCUUGCAGUAAGUGAGGCCAAAGAUCUGAGUACAAAACUCAAUUUUUCAUUUCAUUGACGAGGGGAUUUCUUUUAAGACUUUCUCAUGUUGUUGUGGGGGAGGUGUUAAGCACCUGAUAAGCCAAUGCAGUGGGGGAUCUACCUUGUUGACUGGCAUGAUGAAUAUGCUACUCUUGUUGCUGAUACUAUGAUGGCAAUUCUAAGCCUCCCACGGAAGUUUAUAGAGGUAAGCAGUGAAAAACUUGAGGGAGGGUAGACAUCAACUUGUCCCAUAGAGCUACUCACUUAUUUGAGCGUCUUUUGACAAAUUGGCAAAGCUGGAUGCAUUGAACUUUAGAGACAAUAGAUGUGGAUUUCAGUACUGGGCUACUUAUAACAGCCAACAGCAAGGUCUCUUUUUAUGUUGAUGUUGAUGUUGAGACUAAGUUUGCAUACAUUUGUUUUAGAUGCAAGAAAAAGGGGAAAAAAGACAGAAACCAAUAAAAUGGUUGCUUUACUUUCUAGGAAUUAUAUGACAGAUGACUAGUUAAGUUACCUGCAAAGCCAAUGCUUCACUUGGUAUGUAGAAAUUAGUAUGUUGUUUAAUAUCAAAUUGUUUUUCUAUUAGGCCUUAGAUUUGUUGGCUUGAGAUUGUCAUCAUCAGUCACUUUGCAGUGCAUGUAAUGGAGAUAAGCAAGCCUAAUUGUGGCUGUGCCCUCCACAAACACCAACCCAUAAAAGAAAGUAGUUGCAGAUAUGUUAAGAGCAGGUUUUACUAACAAAGCCUGCAACAAUAUUAUUAAGUUGUUUUCCACAGCCUUGGAUGUUGAUUAUUUCUGCUGCAUUGUGCAGCUGGUUUUUGUGUCAAACCUGCCCAAAUACAAGCCUUCAUUGCUAGAAUGAACUAGACUACUCGAGACAUGUAUGUCAGAAAUUUUUUUCUUUUCUGUAAUGCAAUAUUGUGUGAGAAUUGAGAAGGUUUCAUGAACAUUAUUACCAUAUGAUUUUACAGUCUUCCAACUUUUUCAUUUUUUUUUUCCUUUUUCUGUUGUCUGCAAUUCUAUCGUUGGCUGGUGUGUCAAUGUCAUAUUAAGACAAGAAAAUCAUUGAAUUAGCUUGAUGAAAAAAGAACCUUUUCAAUCUGUUUCUUUCUUUACUUUAACCAUUUCUGGCUACCAUCCAGAAAAAAAUGGGUAAGUUGUUGAAAAUCAUGUCAAAAUUAUAUUGACCCUAGCAUCUUAGUCUCCUUGUUUGAAGGCUUGGUCCACCUAGGGUUGCCAAAUGUGAUUAUGAUCAAAAAAAGAUUUGGAGUAUAUCCCUUUACCCGUCUAUGGAUGAAUGCCCAUUAACAAAGCAAUAGUGAGACAUGAUUUAAAUAUUUUGCCCAUUUGGACAUUUCUGCAUGACAAAUCUAUAAGGGGAAUUUGCAGCAUUAAUCAAGCCAAUCCUAUACCAAACGCCUUUAUCAAAAUUAUAAGAUUAAAUGUUACAUUCAACAGAAGACAAAUGCUAUUUAUUCAACCUUGAUUAUUUACCAUUACUUAGAUUCAGAUAAUGUUAUCCAUUUGGAAAGUGUCCAUACAUAUAUUGUUAUCAAAUACACUAGAAUUUGACACAGUGAAAAAAAAAUUUGUCUUAAAAAGAAGCGUUUUGAAAAUAAAAAAAAUGCAAAGGUGGAU